UCCAUCCAGAAAGACUUGAUUUCUAGCAUUUAUAAUUUGUUAAAAAAAGAUUUGGUUUCUUUUGUUUUUGUGGGGAAAAAUACUUGAUUUAUAGCCCCUAGCUUACCUACCAUCGGUCUAUAAAUCAUGAAGUUUUAUUCCUUCAGUACCCCUUAUACUAAUGCCAUUUUUCUAUUAGUGAGCGGCACUUUUGUUUUUCCCCCUUAACAACUAAAAUACUUGGGAUUACUAGGACUCAAGUUUUUUGGGGAAUAAAGGGAGUGCUAUAUAUGCCUUGAACUAUUUCGUUUAUCUUUUAUUGUGUUUCACUAUUUAUUUGUAUGUGGUAUGGUCUCUUUGUUAAGCUAGCAAGUUCCAUGAGUUUAUAUAUCAAUGUACAAUUUGGAGUGGUAUAUUUGAUUAGCCCGUUUUCCUUAGGCACCGCUUGUUAGCUAACUGCUAACAUACAAAAGUAAUUAAGUAUGUAUAACAUUGAAAAGAUGGCGAGUCAUGAGAGAGAGCAAUGUGGCAAACAAACUCUAUACUAACAUUCAAAAGUAAAGUACUAACAUACAAAGCUUGUUAGCUUGUAGCUGAUGAAUAGCAUACAAAAGUAAUAAAGUAUUAAGUACAUGGAGUAUAAGUUAUGUAGCUAGGACCACAAACAACACAUGAUCUAUGCAUGGUAUGCAUGCAAACCAUGCACUUACUGCAAGCAAGUAGGCCAGGACAUCAUGGUUUAUUAUUAACUAGGUCAUUAGACAAUUGCUUGCGUUACACAAUGUAUAGAAGAAAUGUAGGAUAUUAAGCUAAAAUACAAAAUUCUCCAGCAGGAAAGGCGCCGAAAGUAUACUUAGUUUGCUAGCAAUGGAUCGAGUACUUAUCUACUGAUCUAGUCAUCGAUCCAUGCAUCCAUCCAUCAUUUAACCACGUAGCAUGUAUUGGCUGGAAUCAAGCUAUCACAUAUAUGCGUGAAUCUAAAGCAAAACAAACUCCUCGAUAUAUCUUGCAUACAUCUGGAGCUAACCGUCCAUUGAUUAGCUAGCUAACUUAGAGAUAGAUUAGCAUGUAUGACACAUCAAAUUGAAAUCAUGAUGCAUAUGCAUGGUAUAGGAGAGGACAAAUAAAUAUAUGGUUCAAUUAACAAGCAAGUCAAUUUGUGACAUGAUUGAUACGUUACGCAAAUAAACUACAAUACUUUAUCUUGGUUGUCUUUAGCAUAAGAAGUGUGGAAUGCAUGGUUUAGCCUUGUGAGCCCCACAUAUAUAAAGCUUGUUGUUUCACUAGAAAAGAUACACGCUAGGCUAAAAGAUUUCACCAAACCAACAAGAAACUAAUAAACCUUUUUUUCUCUUUCUUCAACUUUCUUUCGUCUCCCUUCUCAACAACACAGAUGUCAUAGAAACCAGAAUCUUUUGGGCCUAUAUAAACCACCCCACCUUGCAUAGUAUGUUCAUCCUUGUGUCAUAUUGUGUUCAUCUUCAUACUACCAACCAAUUAGUGCUAAUAGGUAGCAUUUUCUGCAGUUGCAGCUCAAGUAAGGUCUAUUAUUCGGAGCAACAAAGGGAAGGAAUGGAGCAAACUUUGGACGUACCUAGAUCGUUGAGGCUACCGACACCAAAGGCUCAACAACAAAUGGAUGAAUUUUGGAGGGAUCGACAAAAAGAGAUUGAGACAACAAAGGACUUUAGCGAGCAUGCGAUCCCUAUGGCCCGCUUGAAGAAGAUCGCAUCUUCUCAAAAGGGUAACAUGAUGAUGUCCUUUGACAUGCCAGCAUUCUUAUCGAAGAUGUGUGAGCUCUUCGUACAAGAACUUGCUGUGCGUGCAUGGGCAUCUGCUCAAUCCCAUAACCGUUGCAUCAUACUAGACACGGAUAUUGCUGAAGCCAUUGCCUCCACAGAGUCUUAUGACUUUCUUGUUGAUAUCCUCCAUAAUCACCGUGAGAAGCACAAAUCCACUCCUUGUUCUACACUUACUACAAAGCGUUGUAGGUUAGUCGAUCAACCUUCCACAUCUCGCCCGCCCUACCAACAUCAGCUGCCACUGUUUGCUCCUACAUAUACUCCAGCCAUCCCUAUUACUCCUAGUUUAAUGCCACCAAUUUCUCACUAUAUACCGUUCCAAUAUCCAUCCUUAUCACAAGAAGUGUCCACGAUGAUGGCUUCCGCACCCAUAGUGAAUAGAUCAAUGUUGCUCAUUCACAACAUAGCAAGGGGUCUAGGCUUACAAGGAAACAAUAUCAGCACAUUCGCCAACAAUAAUAUCCCAGACAAUAUUAUUGGUUGUAGUAGCCCCGCGGUUCUUGCAAGUAUGAUGAGUCCUGCUUUACUAGACGUUGCAGGGGCAUCACUAAAUCCGCCAAACUCUCACUCCAUCUGCACGAUGAACAUGAUCAACUCGAGUGAUCCCAGUGGAUCUAGCAUUGGUGACAUUAAUGUUGCAAAUCAAGCAAGUCUUGCUCCCUCUGAACAUUUUAACCCUGCUAUCCUUCAAGAGUCCUCAUGUCCUUCGUUCUUAUAUAAUAACAACAAUGACACGAUUGUUGUUGUACCGGAGGGUGUAGAUAUUAGUGGCACCAUGGAUGUUGCUGGUUUAGUUAUCAAUGGUCAAGAAGAAGAACAUGAGAGGAAAACAAAUGUUGAGCAAAAUGAGAUAUAUGAAAGCAUUGAUAUAGGAAUAAUCAAUGCAAGUGUUGCGGAUGGUAAUAAAUGCAGUAUUAGGUGGGAUGAAUUAGGAACGGCCGAUGAUUCAUUGCUAGAUAAAUUUUUGGAGGAGUUUCAAGCAAGAAACGACGGUGUUUUGCACAGCGGGAUUGUGUUGCAUGAAGACCAUUCCUAGGUGACGUGAUUUUAGCAAACCCAAGUAGUAGCAAUGCCAAUAUAAGUAAUUGAGUUGGCAAGUUUUGUUUAUGUCUUUUGUAAGAAUGAGGUUGUAACUCUUUUUCUUGUUGAAUAUAAUGUUGUUUGUUUGGAGAGAAGAAA